AUGGAGAACGGGGAGAAGCUCGUGAUCGGCAAGCGCUGCUACGUGGGCAACCUGGCGUGGCGGACGUCCUGGCAGGACCUGAAGGACGAGUUCCGGAAGUGCGGGACCGUGGUGUACGCCAACGUGAUGCGCACGGAGGACGGCAGGUCGAAGGGCUGGGGGAUUGUCGAGUUCGAGCACCCUGAGGAGGCGCUGAAGGCGGUGGAAACCAUGAACGGUGUGGAGAUUGGCGGGCGGCCGAUAAUGGUCCGGGAGGACAGGGAGGACCGCGACGUGAAGCAGUAUAACUCUGCGGGGAGAAACGGAGGCGGCUACGACCAGAACGAGCAGACUCCACGGAGCGGAGGCGGGGAGCACAUGGAGAUGCAGGUCGUGGUGCAUGGACUGCCUUUCAAAUACACCUGGCGUGAGCUGAAAGACCUGUUCAACGACAAGAUUGGCGGAGUGGUUCAUGCAGAGGUGGUGUAUGGACGCGAUGGGCGGAGCAGGGGAUACGGAACCGUGAGGUUCGACAGCACAGAGGCUGCGAAGAAAGCCAUCGAUGAGAUAAACAAUGCUGACCUGGAUGGCCGCCGACUGGGUGUCAAAAUGGACAAGUAUGCCUGA